UAUAUACGUGAUAUAAUGUACAUAGAAAGGAACGUAUGCAAAGGAUACAGUGUUUUCGUAGGAUGCCACGUGAACGGGCAAAUGGUGACGGCGGAUCGAUCGGUGACGACGACCGAGGAUCCAUGCGUUACUUGCAGAUGCAACGGUGCCCGGCUGACCUGUGCCAAGCAAGCUUGCCCCGUCCUCCAUUGCCUCGGCUCGAGGAUAGUCCACGAUCCCGGCGAGUGUUGUCCACGUUGCAGAGGUAGCGGGAGAUACUUGUCGCCGCCGAAAGGCGCGUGCACCCUUGGGACCAGCGUCUACAAUUCCGGCAAUCAAUUCUAUCUGGACCAAUGCACCCGUUGCACCUGCACCAACUCGACCGUGUCCUGCGUACGGGAGACUUGCCCGGUCCACGAUUGCCCGGCCGAGCACCAGAUCGCCCUACCGGGCCGUUGUUGCCCCCAGUGUCCCGAGGUCGAGGAGGUUCGGCCAUCUUGCACUUACGCAGGCAAAACUUACGGGGAUGGCGAAAGUUGGAAGCUUGACUCGUGCAAGGCAUGCGCUUGCAUGCAAGGUAAAGUACGGUGCGCGAUGCCCAUGUGCCCGCCGUUGAAUUUACCUUGCCCUCCGAACUCGAGGCUGGAACAUCCGGAGGGUCAGUGCUGCCCCCGCUGCGUGGAAAGUGACGGCGUGUGCACCGUUUUCGGUGAUCCCCAUUACCGCACGUUUGACGGUAAAUUUUAGUUCAAGGGAGCUUGCAAGUAUCAAUUGGCAAGCGAUUGCACGGGGCACACGUUCAGCAUUCGGGUUACCAACGAUGCAAGAUCGACCAGAUUCUCCGCUUGGACAAAGACGAUCGCCAUCAAGGUGGGUGACUCGAAGGUGAAUCUAGGACAAAAGAUGCGAGUGAAGGUGAACGGGAAGAAGGUGGAGAUACCGUAUCGCGUGGUUAACAAGCUGGACGUGAAUCGAACGGUGGACGGUAUAAUCGUGAGCACGCAUAUCGGAAUCAAAGUUCUUUGGGAUGGGAUCAGCUUUCUCGAGGUGUCCGCCCCGACUUCGUAUCGUGGACGCCUGUGCGGCCUCUGCGGCAACUUCAAUUCCCUGCCAAAGGACGACUUCACCAAUCGAAGGGGCAAAUUGUUGCAAGAUCCGCAACCGUUCGGUCAAUCGUGGCUGGUCGGGGCCAAGAAAAGUUGCGUCAGGCCAAAGUCGGUGGCGAACGUAGAUCGCGCCAGACGUUGCAGGGGAAGGAAGGAUCACAGGUUGUGCAACAGGUUGAGGUCGCAGAUUUUCGACGCUUGUCACAAGAAGGUGAAUCCGACCAUGUACUACAAGGCUUGUCUACAGGACAUGUGCGAAUGCCCGACCGAAAACUGCUACUGCGAAUCGUUCACCGCUUACGUCCACGAGUGUAAGAGGCUCGGCAUUCAACUGCCCCACUGGAGAAAAUCGACGAGAUGUCGAACCGGUUGGGACCAGUUCUCGGGAUCCGGCGCGUCCCUUGGUCUACGUUCCCUUGAUCGCUUACUUGGAGUAUCGGGAAAAAAGAGGAAGGAGAGAUAGAGAGAUAGAGAGAGAGAGAGAGAGAGAGAGAGAGAGAGA